GCAAUUUUCUCAGUUGCUCUUCCCUUCGAUCGCAAAGCAAAGAAAGGAGCGGGACCCCUCCCCCUCUCUCUCAUUGUUAUCUUCUUCCUGUCUCCGGCGCCGGAGGUUUCGAUUUUCUUGGUUAUCAGAUCUGUUUGUUUACUUGUUUCUCUGAGGAUUCUGUCGUUUUCAGUGCUUGCUCCGUCGUGCGAGAUUUAGAGGGUUAAUGCGUGUAUAUAUUCCUAUCUUUUUUUUCCCCCAGAAUUGGAGAUAGAUAAAAAUUUUGGCGAUAGUUCGAAAAUCCUAGGUUUUUUCCGAGUAAUGCGGAUACAUGUCGGGCUAUGUUGUUCAUUUUGUGUAACCUAGGUAUUUAGAAGUUCCUCUCUGCUCUUGUUGUUUCGGAUUGAACUUAAUUAGUUGCAAAUUCGAGGGCAUCUGCUUCUGUGGAAGAUCGAAUGUGGGAUAUAAGUGAAGGGAUCCUGGGGAUGUGAAGAAGGGUUGGUGAAUUAUCUAGUUCUAGAGAAUGCAGAGCGCAUCGACCUCGGCUCCGGCUCCGACACCGGAGGCGAUACAAGUAUGGCUGCAGAAGGAAAUGGGUUAUCGACCUUUAGGCCCUUACAGUGCAUCAAGCAAAUCCCACGUGCCUUCUGUAGAUGCGAUAAGAAAGAUUUGCAGAGGGAACAUGAUACCCAUCUGGAAUUUCUUGAUAAAUCGAGUGAAAUCGGAGAAGACUGUGGCGAACAUUAGGAUGAAUAUUACAGUUCAUGGUGGCAGUGGCAACACUAGCAUGGAUAGUAAUGUUAGUAAUGUAAAUACUGGGAAGGAGGAGGGUAGGAGUAAAGGAAGGCGGAAGGAGAAAGCAGUGGCUGAGGAGAGUUCGAGAGCAGCAGAGAGCAGAGAAGCUGCAUUGCAGGAGAGGGAAAUGGCCGCGAAGGAGGUGGAGAGAUUGAGGAAUAUUGUGAGGAGACAAAGAAAGGAUCUGAAGGCUAGAAUGUGUGAAGUCUCCAGAGAAGAAGCAGAACGAAAGAGGAUGCUUGAUGAGAGGGCGAAUUAUAGGCAUAAACAAGUAAUGUUGGAAGCCUAUGAUCAACAAUGUGAUGAAGCAGCAAGAAUAUUCGCUGAGUAUCACAAAAGGCUACAAGUCUAUGUUAACCAAGCAAGGGAUGCUCAACGGUCAUGUGUUGAUUCUUCUACCGAUGUAUCAAGCAGCCUCAGUACUAACAGUGUGAGGGAAGCUGUUUAUUCCACUGUCAAAGGAAGUAAGUCUGCAGAUGACGUCAUUCUCAUUGAAACAGCCCAAGAACGAAAUAUCAGGAAAGCUUGUGAAUCUCUUGCAUCAUACAUGAUUGAAAGAAUACGUAACUCCUUUCCUGCUUAUGAAGGAAAUGGAAUUCAUUCGCAUCCUGAGAUGGAAGCUACAAAGUUGGGGUUUGAAUAUAAUGGAGAAAUUUUUGAUGAAAUGAGAACUGUUAUUGCGAAUUGCCUGCGGAGUCCUCCUGUACUGCUUCAGGCUAUUGCUGUGUAUACCUUACGCCUUAAGACAUUGAUAUCCAGAGAAAUAGAGAAGAUUGAUGCUCGAGCUGAUGCUGAAAUAUUAAGGUAUAAAUAUGAGAAUAACCGGGUAACAGACAUCUCUUCUUCUGAUGUGAGUUCUCCGUUAAGUUAUCAAUUCAAUGGUUAUGGGAAGAUAGGCACAGAUACCCAUUCCAAAGGAUCUAAUAACCAGCUCCUUGAAAGACAGAAAGCACAUGUUCAACAAUUUUUGGCUACUGAAGAUGCAGUAAACAAAGCCGCUGAAGCAAGGGACACAAGUCAGAAACUUCUAAAGCGCUUGUACGGGAGUGCUGCUGACACUGCUUCUUCACAUUCACUUUCUGGAGGCACAUCCCAGAAUGUAGGCAAUCUUAGGCAGUUUGAGUUGGAAGUUUGGGCCAAGGAGCGAGAAGCUGCUGGAUUGAAAGCUAGCUUAAACACAUUGAUGUCUGAAAUACAACGGCUAAAUAAAUUAUGUGCUGAAAGGAAAGAAGCUGAAGACUCUUUGAAAAAGAAGUGGAAGAAAAUUGAAGAGUUUGAUGCACGCAGAUCCGAACUUGAGACCAUAUACACUACUCUUCUAAAGGCAAACAUGGAUGCUGCUGCAUUCUGGAAUCAGCAACCACUAGCUUCAAGGGAAUAUGCAUCAGCCACAAUAAUACCAGCUUGUGAGGUUGUUGCAGACAUUUCAAACAGUGCUAAAUAUUUCAUUGAGAAAGAAGUUUCUGCUUUUUUCCGAAGUCCUGAUAACACCCUCUAUAUGCUUCCAGCAACCGGGCAGGCACUUCUGGAGUCUAUGGGUGCUAAUGGAUCGAAUGGGCCUGAAGCUCUUGCCUCUGCGGAGAAAAAUGCUGCUAUGUUGACAGCAAGAGCUGGUGCAAGAGAUCCAUCAGCAAUUCCAUCUAUAUGUCGCAUCUCUGCUGCCCUUCAAUAUCCCGCGGGAUUGGAGGGUUCAGAUUCAAGUUUGGGAUCAGUUUUAGAGUCUCUUGAGUUCUGUCUGAAGCUCCGUGGUUCAGAGGCAUGUAUUUUGGAAGAUUUGGCAAAGGCAAUCAACUUGGUCCAUAUACGACAGGAUCUUGUUGAAAGUGGCCAUGCUUUAUUAGACCAUGCGUAUCGUGCUCAGCAAGGAUAUGAAAGGACAACCAAGUAUUGCCUAGAUCUGGCUGCUGAACAAGACAAAACAAUAACGGAGAAAUGGUUGCCAGAACUCAAGUCUGCAGUCUUAAAUGCUCAAGCAUCCUUGGAACACUGCAAAUACGUGAGGGGUCUGCUGGAUGAAUGGUGGGAACAGCCAGCGGCAACUGUUGUUAACUGGGUGGCAGUAGAUGGGCAAAACGUCACGACUUGGCAUAAUCAUGUGAAACAGCUUCUAGCCUUUUACGAUAAGGAAUCAUUAUAGAGUUUUAUACCGAUUCAACGACAUGGCAAAUAACCUCUCAGCCUGUAAUUCGCCACAGAAAUCUUUCCAAGGCAGAGAUGUGUAAGUAGAGAGCUAUUUGUGACGAAUCUUCGUAGGGUUUUUUUCCGGGCUAGAGAGUCUUCUAGAACGAAGAUUUUCACCCGAGCUUUCAUCUUGGAUUCAGGAAGCUUGAGGUAUGAUUGUAUAGACGGAAACAACAGUCUUCUCUCUUCAGAAAACCGACUUCGUGUGUGAUUAUAUAGGUCUUUGAUUUCCUCUUCGGCUUUUCGGAAAAUGCCGAUGCUGGGCAUUUCG